AUGAUUCAAUUUUAUUCAAAACUUAAUAUAUACUUUAUACUCUUUGUGGCACUACUAGCGAUCAUUUUGCCAUCUUCAGAAUCACAAAAGACUGAUCCCAAAAUUCAAUGCCAGGGAGUAUCUAAAGCAUCCGAUAAAAAUGAAUUAAUUGAAUAUGAUGUUGCUAAGAAAUGUAUUGAGAGCUUUCCUUUUGAUGCUAAAUUCGCUAAAGAUACGAUUGAUGCUACAUUACACUUCGUGUCAAAUUACUAUGCUUUUCUUGACCAGGCUAAUGAAGAACCACCAAAGGGAUUUACUUAUCAACCUGUAAACAUAAUAAAAGAAUUAGAGUCGUUAUAUAAUAAACCUUUUAAAUCAGAUUACGAUUUUACGGCUGCCCUAAGAAAUACUAUUUUCAAAUUAAAAGAUGGCCAUACAAGAAUUCUUAAUAUUUGCUAUCAGAAUUUCGUUUAUGAUCAAAACUUAACUUUAUACUCUGUAGUUACGACCGAUAAAGAAAAAAAUAAAAAACAGGUUUUCGAUGAUAAAUCAGACCCAUCAAAUAAUGACUGUGAAGUUACCGAAAUUGAUGGAAAACCUGCAUUACAAGCAAUAAUUGUAUUUGCAAAUAAUAGUAUUUCAUAUUUAAAAGAUCUGGGAGUCCGAUUCAACAUGGCUUUGGCUCCUAGUAUAGGAUUUUUUUCACAACAAUUUACUUUGCGAGAAGAUUUUCCUGAAACUCCUAGUAUUACAUAUAAUUUAACUUGUCCAAACAAAUCUUUUAAAUUUGAAAGAAAAUGGGCUAUUACAUACGAUAGUGCUUUUGAAAACUUUUGCUUACAAGAUAUUUCUAGUUCAAGUAGUAAAGUUACAGCAUUAAAGUCAACAUCGGCAUCAAGUAGUAAAGUUACACCAUUAAAGUCAAGAUCAGCAUCAAGGAAUAAAAAUAAUAAAAAGUCAAAUAUUAAACAUGCGAAAUUAGUAACUGAAGAUUUUUACUUAGUAAAUAAUGGAACAGUUGGUGUCGCAGUAAUUACUGAGGAAAACGAAAAAUCUACUAUAUACGCUCUAGCAGAUGGUCUUGAUAAAUUAAAUAAACUAGGUGCAAAAAAGCUUAUUUUAGAUAUGUCAAAUAAUAUCGGUGGAGACAUUCCUGUAGCCAUAUUUACGAUUUUAUUACUAUUUCGAUCACAACAACAACCAUACCUUUUUCCAACAAGCAUAAAAAUUAAUGAUUUUACUAUUCCAGCAAUAGAAAAGAAAUUUAAGACACAUUCUAGUGAUUUUGAUGCUUAUAAUCCAUAUUCUUAUUUGUCAUUUCCUUCUGGUGAACCCUUUAAGAAUGCUAGUGAUUUCAUAGGUCCUCGAAAAAAUCUAACUUCUAGCUUGCGCCUUGAUAUUUUAACACCUAAUGAUAAGCAAUUACUCAACAAUACAUCCUCUUUUCCAUGGACUAGUGAAGAAAUCAUCAUCAUAACUAAUGGAUUUUGUAUAUCAGCAUGUGCAUUAAUAACUUCAUUUCUUUCUGAAUUUCAUAAUGUAAAAACAAUUUCCGUUGGUGGGUUUCUUGACACACCGAUGUCAUUUUCCACUUUUCCUGGUGGCUUUGCUACAUCAGUUAAUGUGAUUGCAGAAUCAGCUGGUGAUCCGAAAUUUACUGAUCUUCCGAAGGAAAUAAACUCACUUCUUCUUACUUUUAGUAAAUCUCAUGAUUUUGACAAAAAAAGUAAUAUCACAACAGGUAUAUUAGAAUAUUUAUUUAAACCUGCUGAUUACAGACUUUACUAUAAUGAAAGUAAUGCUAGGGAUCCUAGCUUCUUAUGGAUUGAUGUGCUAAUAUUUUAA